AUGGCGGUUACAAAUACUCACGGAGAUAUAGGCGGCGUCCGGAUAUCUAUAGACCGAGGCGGCACAUUCUGCGAUGUUAUUGCCCAAAUACCUGGACAGAAUGACCUCGUUUUCAAGCUUUUAUCCGUCGAUCCUCAAAACUACCGUGAUGCGCCAACAGAGGCAAUCCGGCGGGUAUUGCAGACCGUUGAGGGUCGUGAAAUAUCAGCUGGUGAAAAGCUGAAUGCGUCUACAAUCGAGUCGUGUCGCAUUGGAACUACUAUUGCGACCAAUGCUCUUCUGGAACAUAAAGGAAAGCGCUUUGCUCUCCUGACAACCAAGGGUUUCAGAGAUCUGUGUGAAAUUGGCGACGGCUCCCGUCCAAAGCUUUUUGACUUGAAUAUCCGGAAACCUGAAGUUCUAUUCGACCAGGUUGUAGAAGUCGAAGAACGAGUGACCAUAGAAAACUACGAAUUAGACCCAUUUCCCCAUCCAGAUCUUGAUGCGACAGACCCUGCACUGGUUAAAACGAACAGUGGCGAGGUUAUUCGUGUUUUGCAGCCUGUAGAUGUUGAAGCAACUCGCCAGCAGCUCAGGAAACUCCGCGAUGCGGGUUUUACAUCGAUUGCGGUUUGCUUUAUGCAUUCCCACAUCUUCCCAGAUCACGAAAUACUUGUGGGAGGCAUUGCGCGGGAAGAAGGGUUUGGUUCUAUAUCACUUUCAUCCGAGAUCAGUCCACGAAUAAAGAUACUCCAGCGAGCAACCGCUGUGUGCACCGACGCAUAUCUAUCUCCCAUUGUUCGAACAUAUGUUGAAGACUUUCUAAGUGGAUUCGCCGUGCCUCCGCAGCGAGUCGAGUUCAUGUCUUCGGACGGCGGAUUGCGCCCAGCACAAAAUUACACAGGCAAUGCGGCUUUGCUCAGUGGUCCCGCCGGUGGGGUUGUUGGUGUUGCCAAGUCAUGUUACGAUUUGAAGGAUCCCAAGGCUUUAAUUGGUUUCGAUAUGGGCGGCACAAGCACCGAUGUCUGUCGCUACGAUGGGAAAUUCGACCAUAUAAGCGAUACAACGAUUUCAGACCGCAAGGUUUACACGCCAAUGCUUAACCUGAACACCGUGGCAGCAGGAGGUGGAUCGAAGCUGUUUGUGAGAAAUGGGCUAUUGGCCGUUGGUCCAGAGAGUGCCGGCGCACAUCCAGGCCCUGCAUGCUAUCGAAAAGGGGGACCACUCACCAUUACCGAUGCAAAUCUCUUCCUCGGUCGACUAGUAGUAUCGUCCUUUCCCGCCAUAUUUGGCGAGCACGCAAACGAGCCUUUGGACACUGACAUCGUCGCCGAAAAAUUCGCCCAGUUGACUGAAGCCGUUAAUGCGGAAUCCGCAGUCAAGUUCACGCCUGAGCAGGUAGCUCUAGGCUUCAUCAAGGUCGCUAAUGAGAGCAUGUGCCGGCCGAUACGCAAUGCGACUGAAGCCAGAGGGUUUGCGACGUUGGACCAUAAUCUUGUCAGUUUUGGAGGAGCUGGAGGUCAGCAUGCUUGUGCGAUUGCUUCCAAUCUCGGCAUUCGUAGGAUUCUCAUCCACCGCUUCUCGUCUCUGCUGUCGGCGUAUGGAAUUAGUCUCGCCGAGAUCACCUCAGAGGCAAGCGAGUCGUUAUCGGUCGCAUUGUCACCAGAAACAAUGUCCCGGAUAGAGGAACGAGAAAGUGCUAUUAAGUCAAAACUGGAGAAAGAGUUGCACAGUCAGGAUAUCAUUGGCGAUACAAUUGAGUUUGAAGUGUUCCUCAAUCUGCAGUACAAGGGGAUGGACACAAGUCUGAGCGUCGAGAAACCGUCUGAUGGUGACUAUAGCGCGGCUUUCACUCGCCUGCACCUGCGAGAAUUUGCCUUCACGACGAACCGCGAGAUCGUGGUUGAUAGUAUCCGCGUGCGGGCAACAGCAAAGAAUUUCAAUGAGAAGGAGUCACAGUCUGUAUCAGAUGAGCUGGCAGCUGCAAAGUCAAGUAACAACAACAUUCCAUCUGCGAGAACGCAUCAGCGAGUCUUCAUCGAUGAUGAAUGGGUGUCCACCCCUAUAUUUGAACUUGACAAUCUAGUGAUAGGCUCUCGUAUCACCGGGCCGGCAAUCAUCACCGACAAGACGCAGACCAUCCUCAUUGAACCGAACUAUGAAUGCCAUCUCACCGGACGUCACGUUAUAAUCGACAAAGUCGCGGGCAAAGAAUCAUCGAUUCCAUCACAAAUCAGCACAGAAACAAUUAAUCCUGUUCAACUCUCCUGCUUCGCCAAUCGAUUCAUGUCCAUUGCCGAGCAAAUGGGCAACACCUUGCAGCGUACAUCAAUCAGUACCAGUAUCAAAGAGCGACUAGACUUUUCGUGUGCCAUCUUCUCGCCUGACGGCGGCCUGGUGGCUAACGCACCACACAUCCCAAUCCAUUUGGGCAGCAUGCAGUUCGCCAUACAGUAUCAGCACAAGCUUUGGGGCGACAAGCUGAAACCCGGAGACGUUCUUCUCACCAACCACCCGGAAGCUGGUGGCACGCAUUUGCCUGAUCUAACGGUUGUUACACCAGCAUUCUAUGACAAUCAACUGAUCUUCUACGUUGCCUCCCGCGGCCAUCACACGGAUAUUGGAGGAAUCGGCAUUACUAGCAUGAUUCCGGACUCAAAGGAGCUGUGGCAGGAAGGCAUGGCAGUCAAGUCGAUCAAGAUCGUUAGCGAAGGCGUCUUCCUUGAAACCCAAGUCAGAGAACUCUUCGACAAAGUAGCAGAAUACCCCGGUUGCAGCGCAACACGUCGGAUUAACGAUAACAUAUCCGACAUCAAGGCUAAAAUAUCCGCGAAUCAGCGCGGCAUCUUGCUGAUCAAACGGCUCUGUGAGGAAUUCACUCUGCCUGUCGUGCAUCUAUAUAUGGGGGGUAUCCAACGCAAUGCGGAACACGCAAUAAAGAAACUGUUCCGCGAACUAUAUGUCAAAACUGGAGGCAAGCCGCUCAGAGCAGUGGACUGGUUUGACGAUGGCACUGCGGUGCAGGUGAAGAUUACAAUCGAUGGUGAGCGUGGAACCGCCGUGUUCGAUUUUGCAGGCACUGGGGCUCAGACUUAUGGAAAUAUGAAUAUGCCGGUGUCCAUCACGCACUCGGCUAUCAUCUACGUUCUGAGAUGCAUGGUUGAUAUGGAUAUUCCUCUGAACCAGGGCUGUUUGUACCCGUGCGAGAUCCGCAUUCCAGAAGGCACAAUUUUGAACCCAUCAUCAACUGUCGCGAUCUGUGGCUCGACCAUCUCGAGUCAGCGCGUGACAGACGUGAUCCUACAAGCCUUCGGCGCCGCUGCUGGCAGUCAGGGCUGUGCGAAUAGUCUUGGUUGGGGCAUGGGUGGCAAAGAUCCGCUGACGGGGGUUGUUACUCCAGGAUGGAAUUAUGGCGAAACGGUCGGUGGAGGAAGCGGUGCAGGACCAACAUGGCACGGCACACAUGGAGUCAAUGUCCACUCUACAAACACAAAGGCCACGGAUCCGGAAGUCAUUGAGAAGCGGACGCCGGUCAUCGUGCGGCGCGAUGUCAUUAACCGCGGCACGGGCGGCAGAGGCUUGUAUAAAGGCGGUGAUGGGAUGACGCGCGAAGUCGAGGCUCGCAUACCCAUGAAAUUCAGUAUUUUGUCUGAGAGGAGAGUGUAUAGUCCUUAUGGUCUUGAGGGAGGAGAGCCGGGGAGUGUAGGAGUCAACUUCAUUUUCAAGAAGAAUGUGCAUGGUGAAUUGGAGAAGAUCAAUAUUGGCGCUAAAGCGGUUGUGUCUCUGAAUGCUGGGGAUUAUAUUCAGAUUAAUUCGCCAGGUGGUGGUGGCUGGGGCAAGCCUUCAGAAGAUCAAGAUAAGAGUACGAUUGUCGAUGGUGUUCGUCCAACGCCCGCCAUCAGAGUAGAAUGA